AUAUGAUCUCAAAAUUGCAAUUUGACUCGCAAAGAUGGCCGUCAAGAAGCGCCCAGGUGCAAAAUCGAAAUCUCUAUCCCAUGGCCGGCCGCCUGUGCUAUCUGGAGGGAAAGAACAGCCGCAUUCACUGACAUCAAAAGCCACAAGAACAUUGAUCCGGACUCAUCACAGAUUACAAAAGCAACACGCUGCUGCUGUCAAAACUGGAGAGACUGCUAGAGCAUCGCAGCUCGAGAAAGAGAUUGAGGAUAAUGGAGGGUUAAAGUUGUACCAGGCGGCCAGCAUCAAAGGUCAGAGUGCUGAAAGAGGCGGAGAUUCCAGUCGCGUAUUACUUGAGUGGCUGAAAGACGAUGGAGUACUAGGAGAUCCUCGGAAGACGGCUGCUGAACAUCCUCUGAGGCAAUACACCGUUCUUGAGGUUGGAGCACUGUCUCCGGCCAACGCUAUAGCUCGGGCUCCCAGGCUACAUAUCACGCGCAUCGACCUCAACUCGCAAGACCCAGCAAUCAAGACACAGGACUUUAUGGAAAGACCAUUGCCGGAUGGACCUGAAGAUCAAUUCGAUGUCAUAUCUCUAUCCCUGGUCUUGAAUUACGUACCCGAUGCCACCGCUCGUGGCGAAAUGCUUAAAAGAACUUGCAGCUUCCUACGCAAAUCAACCCCAACCAACCCAAGUCAGGAUAGAUUGCCGGCGCUGUUCUUGGUACUCCCCGCUCCCUGUGUCAAUAACUCUCGAUAUCUGACCGAGGAGCAUUUGAUGCAGAUCAUGGGCUCACUCGGAUACCAGCUCAAGCACAAGAAACUUUCAGCCAAAUUAGUGUACUACUUAUGGUCAUACACUGGGGAAACCAAAAGUAGGAAGGUGCCGAAGAAGAAGCUCAAAGACGGUGUGCAACAGAAUAACUUUUGCGUUGUGUUGGAAUGAAGGAGCGAAGAGAGUUAUCACAUGCUGUCCCAUCAUGAGCCGCCUCCCCCACUCCAGUCGUUGUCGUAUCUCCCCUGGAUCCUCUGACCCAUUUCGCUUUCGACAGGCCCUAGAUAUUUAUACAUGAACUCCGCUGCCCGUUGCCUAUCCAAAUAUCUCAACUUCUUGUAAAUGGCUCGCGACAUCUGCAGCCGCUCUUUG